AUGGCUCCUGAAGCCAUAUCAUUGCCAUUGAGCCCGGCCUCGAGUGACGACCAAGAAUUGGUCCGCAAUUACAUUGACAAUGUGCUCGUUGAUAUCCUCCACCAAUUGACCUUGUCCCCAUCCGAAGGACACCCAUCUAUCACUCUGCGCCGCAGACCACGUCAAGCAACAUGCAUGAUCAAUCCAAACAAUGGGGCCCUCGAGGCAGGUCGUGACAAUGGUGCAUAUCGCUCAUAUUCAUGGCCAGGAAGCACAGCAAAGGAAUCAUGGAAAUUUACGGUGAUCAUUCGAGUAUUGGGUAUCAUUGAUCAAGCCCUGCGAGCAGGACAGUUGAUUUCGAAAAGAGAUAUAUACUACAUCGACCCAGCAUAUUUUAAAUCGCAACAGACAAUCGACGGCGUUGUAGAUGACCUUGCAUUUACCAUUGGGGUCGACCGAGCAGCGAUGAAUGUGGAAGCAGCCAGCAAAGGUUUGGUCGCAGGGCGCUUUCGUCUAAAACGCGAGUGGUCCGUUAAUGUGGAUGCCAACUCCACCCAAGAUACCAUGAUUCCCCGGAUUCAAAGCAUCGACGAUAUUGAUAUCUCCGGUGCACGAUGGGUGUUUAUCAUCGAAAAGGAGGCCGUCUUCCACCGGCUAGCUCGAAGCAGCUAUCCCACUCGGGCCCUCAUGGGUGAUGGAAUCCUCAUAACGGGCAAAGGAAACCCUGAUAUGAGCACUCGCGAGUUCGUACACCACCUCUUGGUCGCGUCAAACAAAUACAACAGACCACCUCGGUUCUAUGCACUCGUCGACGGGGACCCUUAUGGGAUAUCAAUCAUGUCAACAUACAAGUAUGGAUCAAUGGCACAUCUUCAUGAAAAUGGAAGGCUAAGCCUCCCGCGCCUGGAAUGGUUGGGCUUGAGAGUAGCAGAUGCUAUACUGGCAUCAGAAUCACCCGGUGCCAAUUCCGUCCUCUCGCUUACGACCAGCGAUCGCAGGAAGAUUCUCGCCAUGCUUCGCAAUAACCCGGCAUGGUCGAAUGAUGGACCCGAGCCUGAAUGGCGUUCGGAGUUACAGCGCAUGUUGGUGUUGAAUGUCAAAGCGGAGAUCGAGAUGCUUUAUGAGCGUGAUGGUGGCCUUGAGGCAUGGAUUGAUCGUAAAUUGUUUCGUCAGGAAUGA